AUGAUGAAAUAUUCCGGUAGAAAUGGCUCUUACGUUACAGGUGAUAUUACAUUCCACUAUCCUAAGACAUUAUAUUUAUAUUUAGGUGGAAAAGGAGAAGAUCAGACAUCAAUUGAUGAUUAUACAAAUCCUACUCCUGGAGGAUGGAACUUUGGGGGUAAUGGAAGUAUAGAUAAGGCUGAUGAGAAAUUAGACCCCGUAUUUCUUCCACCAGAAAAUGGUGCAGGUGGCGGGGGAGCUGUAGAUCUUCGAUUGAUUUAUCUCGAUAUAAAUAAACCUUUUGAAAAUAGUGCACUCAUGAAUUCAUUGAAGAGUCGUAUUAUCGUGGCCGGUUCUGGUGGUGGCGCAGUCUCAGACACCAAUAGAACUGGAUUUCCAGGAGGAACUAUUACCGCAUUGAAUAAUGGCGAACACAUGUUUGGCGGUACUCAAACAGAAGGUCUCUUUGGAAAAGGAAUGAGCGGAAUAGAUUCCUAUGAAAACCAAGGAGGAACUGGUGGCUGUGGUAGUGGUUAUCACGGCGGAUUCCAUAACUUUUCCCUUGAAAUUAAAGGAAAAGAUUCGUUUGAAUCUGGAGGGUCAGGUGGAAGCUCAUAUAUAAGUGGGCAUCCUGGAUGUAUAAGCCCUCAUUACCCUGAGAAUACAAUCGCAGAUAGAAUCACACCAUUCCACGAAUCUAAACUCUAUUUCACUCACACUGACAUGAAGAGUGGUAUUGAUCUCAUGCCUGAUUCCUUUAGUUUUCGCCAAAUCUUAGGUCAUGUUGGUAAUGGUGUCUGUCGAAUUACAUUUCUUACUGAUUAUAAUUGCCAAACAAAUAUAAUUCUAUAUUCCCACCACCACUUUCUUUUGAUGAAUUUGAUUUUAAUAGGGUUUGAUGUAACCUGA